GCAGCGGCGGGUACCUCGUGUGCGGUGCCCGGCUCUCUGUGCAUGCCUUUCUCCAGCCGGGCAGCGGACAAAGUGGUGCUCUCGGGGCGGCGGCGGCGGAGGAGGCGGAGGACACGGCCGGUGAUGGACGCGUCCCCGAGAUAGCCGCCGCCAUGAGCCAGCCGCCUGCAGGGGGCGCCGCCGCCGAGCCGCGCCUGCAUCCCGAGGGCAGCAGCGGCAGGAAGCAGCCGCGGGCAUCCUCGCCGGCCCGGGCCCGCGACGCCGCCCCGCGCCCGCCGCCCAACGCCGCCAAAGCCGCGCCCAACGCCGCCAAAGCCGCCUCGGCGCGGCCGCCUCCCGGCCAGGCCCCCCGAGCCGCCCGCGGCCGCGCCGCCGAGAAGCCGGUGCGGGGAGCUGUCCAGCCCGGCGCCGGUGCUGAACCGCCGCCCGCCGCAGCCGCCGGGAGAGGAGGAGCCGCCGCCGCCGAGGAGCCGCUACCGCCGCCGGGCGCCGCCGAGGAGGCGCCCCCUGCAGGGGGCGGCGGGGGCGAGCGGGAGGGGGCGGCGGCGCCGCCGCCCAAGCAGUGGCGGGGGAAAGCGGGGCGGUCCCCGUUGAAGGGCGCGGGGGAGGCGGCCCCGGCGCCUCCAUCUUCCUCGGGCGCGGGGAAGGGCCGCGGUGCGGCGGCGGGUGGCGGCGGGUACUGGAAGGAGGGAUGCCUGCAAAGUGAGCUUAUCCAGUUCCACCUCAGGAAAGGGCUGGCGGCGGCCGCCCAGAUGCAGACGAAGGGCAGCAACCACAGCAGCAGCAGCGGUAGCGCUGUCUCCGCGGCCGCCGCCCCGGCCGAGCCUCCCCCGGCCGCCUCCGCCUCCUCACCCGCUGCCAUGGCUGCGGCCGGGGCGGAGGGGCUGCGGCAGGGAGAGGCGGAAGGCGACAGCAGGAGCUGCGGCCCCGAAGUCGCCCUGAGCCCCCACCUGCAGGAGGAGAUGCAGGAAGAGAUGGAGAAACUGCGGGAGGAGAACGAGAGCCUCAAGAACGAAAUAGAUGAGCUGAGGACAGAGAUGGACGAGAUGAGGGACAGUUUCUUUGAGGAGGAUGCUUGUCAGCUUCAAGAAAUGCGCCAUGAACUGGAGCGAGCCAACAAGAACUGCCGGAUCCUUCAGUACCGGCUGCGCAAGGCUGAGCGCAAGAGGCUCCGCUACGCCCAGACUGGCGAGAUCGACAACGAGCUCAUACGCAGCAUGGAGCAGGACCUCAAGGUUGCAAAAGAUGUAUCGGUGAGACUUCAUCACGAGUUAGAAAAUGUGGAAGAAAAACGUACUAUAACAGAAGAUGAAAAUGAAAAAUUAAGACAGCAGCUUAUAGAAGUUGAAAUUGCCAAACAAGCACUACAGAAUGAGCUGGAAAAAAUGAAAGAGCAAUCAUUGAAGAGGAGAGGAAGCAAAGACCUACCAAAAUCAGAAAAAAAGUCACAGCAGACACCAACAGAGGAUGACAAUGAAGACCUGAAAUGCCAGCUACAGUUUGUCAAAGAAGAAGCAGCCUUGAUGCGGAAGAAAAUGGCUAAAAUUGAUAAAGAGAAAGACAGAUUUGAACAUGAGCUGCAAAAAUACAGAUCAUUUUAUGGGGAUUUGGACAGUCCCUUGCCAAAAGGUGAAGCAGGUGGGCCACCUACCACAAGAGAAGCUGAACUCAAGCUUCGAUUGAGGCUUGUGGAGGAGGAAGCUAACAUUCUUGGAAGGAAAAUAGUGGAACUAGAAGUAGAAAAUAGAGGACUGAAAGCAGAGCUUGAUGAUUUAAGAGGAGACGAUUUCUCAGGGACCACUAACCCACUCCUGGGAGAGCAGAAUGAAUCCCUGUCAGAAUUACGACAGCAUUUGCAGCUAGUAGAAGAUGAAACAGAAUUGCUGAGGAGAAAUGUAGCUGAUUUAGAAGAACAAAACAAACGCAUAACAGCUGAGCUGAACAAAUACAAGUACAAGUCUGGGGCCCAUGAGAGUUCUAGGCACCAUGACAAUGCCAAGACGGAAGCGUUACAGGAGGAGCUAAAAGCUGCACGAAUGCAGAUCAACGAGCUGAGUGGCAAAGUCAUGCAGCUCCAGUAUGAGAACAGAGUCCUAAUGUCCAACAUGCAGCGCUACGACUUGGCCUCUCACCUGGGGAUCCGUGGCAGCCCUAGAGACAGCGAUGCGGAAAGCGAUGCGGGAAAAAAGGAGAGUGAUGAUGAUUCCCGCCCCCCUCACCGCAAAAGGGAAGGUCCCAUCGGUGGGGAAAGCGACUCCGAGGAGGUGCGCAACAUUCGGUGCCUGACGCCCACCAGGUCUUUUUAUCCAACGCCGUCGGGGUGGCAGAAAAGCUUCACUGACAGGCAGCAGAUGAAGGACAUUCGCUCCGAAGCCGAGCGGCUGGGCAAGACAAUAGAUCGCCUGAUUUCCGACACGAGCACCAUCAUCACAGAGGCAAGAAUUUAUGUGGCCAACGGGGACCUCUUUGGACUGAUGGACGAGGAGGACGACGGCAGCAGAAUACGUGAGCAUGAGCUCCUGUACCGGAUCAAUGCGCAGAUGAAGGCCUUCAGGAAAGAGCUCCAGGCUUUCAUCGACAGACUGGAAGUUCCAAAGUCUUCGGACGAUCGAAGUGCAGAUGAACCUUUGUCAGUGAGUCAGGUAGACUUUUACUUAUUACGGCCUACAGGUAAAAAGGCUCUGCCAAGCAAAUUAAACCUCAAAUUUGACCUAUGGCACAAAAAUAAAAUUCUUUAUUCGAGGCAGUGGUCAAAAAUCACUGUUUCUUAUAUUACUUGAAAUUCUUAUUUGGCCAUAUGAAAACAUACUCUACCGAUAGGGUUGUUUGUGAACAAUGAAUAAUCUGGUCUCCUGAAAAUUAAAAUUAUGCUCUAGGAGACAGAACAUUUUACUCCUUUUUGGCUUUGCAAUUGCAUUUGACAGAGUUGGGCCUUGAUUGCCACUAAAGGCAGUGCAAAUGGUAUUUUUGGUACAUAUGAACAUUUGUCUGUUUUCUUAGUGGAUGGGUUGCUAUAAAAUGAAUAAAAGGAAAAUUUUAUUAAUUUUAAGCAGGAGGAAAUACUAAAUUUCAAAAACUGUAGAAAAUAUGGCAAACCACAGAUUAAAAGAAACCAUGCAAAUCUACUUUAUAGAGUCACAGAGCCACACAGUAAUGUGAAUAUUGUAAUUGCUGUAAUAGAUUGCAUCUUGUUGAAGGCCUGUUAAUCACUGCUUGCAUGCAGCAGUAACAAGUGCCUUUGUUGUGGUUUGUUUUUGUGCAGAAUUGUUUCAGAGAGGUUUUGGGGAGCAAACUCCUUGCUGACUCAAGAUCUUUUGCCAUGAAAAAUGAAAAUUACCUACCCUUAUCUUAUCAUGCAAUCCUAUAGUUGGCAUAUCUUGUUAUUGCUAAUGAAGUUAUCCAAUGUUUUGUAAGUCUCUUGCUGUGUUAAUUUACUUUGUGCUGUCUUGCUAGUUUACAGUCGAAGUAGUUGCCAGGUGAAGCUGAAAGCUAUUCUUAUUCCUAUGCUGACUAAUUAGUCUUUUGUUUCCUUGUAUCAGAAAGUCACAGACGCAGUGAGUUUAAAGCUAAUCAAUUACUAUACAUGUAUUGCAUGAAAUCAAACAGAGACGGCAUUUAGCAUGCUCACUUUCUGAUCUAGCACUAGUUCUGAGCUUGUAGAGCUCCCAUUAGCUUAAAGGCAGAGCACUGCAUGGGCCUACACAAAUUUAAAACAAACUAAUUAGUAUUUUCUCUAAAAAAAUAACAACAAUUGAACAUUUAACAAUUGGACAUUUAGAGGCUUGACCAUGCAGAACUCCUACUGAAGUAAAUGGGAGAUGGGCACUUGGUCCCUCCACAAGCAUAUUCUGAUUCACUAUUUAUUUUGUUGAAACUUUGGACUUGCUAUUCCAUUAAUUGACUGUUCUCUUUGUCUUUGUAUUUACUUUCCCAGAUGUUCCAGCCUAUCAUUUUACUUAUUCUCAUCCUUGUAUUAUUUUCAUCCCUUUCAUACACAACAAUAUUUAAACUUGUCUUCCUUUUUACACUGUUUUUUGUACUGUAAGUCAUUCAUCAUUUACUGUUCAUUGUAGUGUUAUUUUCAGUUUGUUUAUUUUGUCCACCCUCCAAGAUAAGAAGUGCAAGAGACAUAGUUUCUGUAAUAGCCACUGCUGUAAAAACACUGAAGACUACUUGUUUGCCAAAACCAAAGCCUAACCAAAAGAACUGCAAAAAAACAUACCAAAAAGUCACCCAGUUGAAUAGGAAACCUGCUCAUUGUGGUAUUCCAGAUCAGGAUUCACAGAACAGGAUCCCUGCUAGCUGUGUGUUUCAUUGCUUUCUCUGCUGCCUGGAAAUGGACUGAAAAACUCCUAAA